AAAGAUAAAGAGACGAACUGGCAACGUCCGUCAUCAGCUGAGCCAAGUCACUCGACCUUCAAAACAAACAUUUUACAUAAGGACUUUAUCUCCUGCUGGAAGGUUUAAGAUGCAAGGGAUUCGAACGGGGGCUUUACGACGUGCAGGUGCAAGUUUAAAGACACUCAGAAAGGAAUCAGCGAGUGUAUGGCGGCCACAAGACUCUCGUGUAGAGGAGGAAAGAGGUGGCGGGUUUCCCCUUUUAGUUCCCUCUGCCCCACUCCUCACCCAACCUCAGCGACCCUUCAUCACUUCUGUGCUUGGAGGGAAGAAGAAAGAAUAUUCGGAGAGACGCGUUCUUGGGUACUCUAUGAAUCAGAUGUUUGAUGUGGUGUCAGAGGUAGAGAAGUACCACAAAUUUGUCCCAUACUGCAAGAAAUCACAUGUCACAGCAAGACGGCCUGGCUUUCUUAAGGCUGAUCUUGUCGUUGGGUUCCCUCCUGUAAUAGAGUCUUAUACCUCUAGCGUCACCCUGGCACGGCCUCACUUGGUACGAGCAGUUUGUACUGAAGGGAAGAUGUUCAACUACCUCCUUACAAUAUGGAAAUUUUCACCUGGGAUACGAGGCCAGCCCAACACCUGCACACUGGACUUCUCCGUAUCCUUUGAGUUCCGCUCAGCAAUACACUCACAGCUUGCACAUGUUUUCUUUGAUGAAGUUGUGAGAAAAAACGUGAAUUCCUUCUUAGCAGAGGCAGAAAAACGCUAUGGCAAGGCAACCAUUGUUGCCCGGCCUUCACGAGUAGUGAAUGUGUCUUGAAUGCAAAUAUAUUUAUAGAUUUAUCUUUGUGAAUGUAUUUAUUGUAAAUAAGUCUCAGUGAACCUUGAGGAUGAAACAUUUUUAAGAUGUGAGAAGUCAUACUGCCAACCUAUCUUUGGGUACAGACGAGUCUAUCUCUCUCUCUCAAUACUUCUCUCCUUCAUUUAAAUUUGGAUGUUACCAUUAUUCAUGUUCCCUUAUGCAAAAAAUGGUCAGCAUAUUUAUUUCUUUUUUCCAUACAAAGCAAAAUCUUUAAAAUCCCUGUUCCUUCAUUAUCUUCUUAUUGUAUUUUUUGAGGAGUAGGAUCAUUUCUUUUGAGUCAGUCAGCUUCAUCAUUUUCUUAUCAGAUCAUUUUGUGGAAAGGACCACAUUUUUAUUUUCUGUAAAAGUCUAAUACCUUUAAGAGUGCUCAGCUUGUGCUCAGGUCACAACGCCAUGUCUUGUACAUCUGGCAUUAUGGUGAGAGCACUAGUGGCACUAGCUGAGUACCACGGCUAAAUUUGUUCUUGAGAUAAUGAUUGGUGUAGUCCUUGUGUCCCUGAUUUUAUGAGGUAAGGAAUAUCAGGCCUCCUCCACAACAUGUUUGUUUCUGGAAUUAGUUAUGGUUAUGGAGCUGCAAAAGAAGGUAAAUCAUACUUCAAGUAAUUUACCCUCCAAUCUGCUUCCGAUUAUGUAAAUAGAGUAUUUAAUAGAAUAUGCAACUUAAUAUUUUAAGUGCAAGUCAGGUUUGCUUGAUAUUUAUUCAAUAAUUAUAUAAAAAAUACCA